AACAUCCAAUCGCGUCUGUCACACUCGAUAGAUUGACCAAUGGAACGGAACAUUGUAAACCUUGGCUUACUGUCGCGAACGUCAAGUGGAACUUAAAGAAAUUACGGCACGCGCUGGAUCCAUAAUUGCACAUGUCUGUGGAAUAACCAUGAGACCGGCUGAGAUUAAUUCGGUCCUUUGAGUCACAUGUGCACCGGUCGACUGAGAUAGGAUUGUCUGAUUUGGUCCGAUUCAUUUAUCUUAUAUUUGUCUCGUCUAAUCUUUUCAUUUCAGACUUAAUAAAAACUACGUCUGAGUCCGUAGUGUGAUAUCACAUAAAUAUUGAAAUAGAUAUUGAGAUAAAGUCGAUGGUAAAGUCGAUUUAAAUAUAAUUAUAAACUUGUCUAGCAGAGGAAGUAAAUUAAAUUUAGAAAUGUCUGAUAAUAUCCAUCAGAUAUCAGCUUUUGCUGUGUAUGCAGCCAAACGUAAAAGCACAGAACAGUCAAGAGACUCUAAAAAUCCAAAGAUAAGAUGCUUGGGAAAAGAUAACGCAGCUUCCACUCAAAAGAACCUUAAGCGGAUCAACGGUAAACAAGCGCUGACAAAGCAAAAAUUAAAAACUCAACCUGAAACCAAGAUCAAACUUAGAAAAACAGCAAGUAACACAAACAAGCUUCAGCAAGAAACUGUGCUAAAUAAUAAUCACAAUAAACAUAAAAUUGUGGAACUACAGGCAAAGAAAGAAAAAAAUGAAAAAAACGACUGCACAGACGAAACUAGCGGUAAAAUGGUUACGAAUGAUUUGAAGGUUUCUACGAAGGAUCAUAUCGAUCCUGUAACAUACAGCGCCAAAGUAUUUAAAUGGCUGAUUUAUCCUCAGAAAGUAAACAGCUUUAUUUCGAAUAAUUGGGAGCAAACAUCGUUACAUAUAAAAAGGAACGAUCCUAGCUAUUACAGCAAAGUGAUGUCAACACCUUUAUUGCAUCAAAUACUGAAAAACAAUACUGUAUUAUUUCACAAAGAAAUUGACAUAGUAAAUUAUGUGAAUGGAGUGAGAGAGGAUCACAAUCCUGACGAGGGUCGCGCUUUGCCAAGUGUUGUCUGGAAUUAUUACGACAGCGGUUGUUCCGUGAGAAUGUGCAAUCCCGAAGCUUACGUACCUCAAUUACAUAAAUUGAGCGCUACGCUCCAGGAAGUCUUCAACUGUUCUGUCAGAUCUAAUUGGUAUCUCACGCCCCCAAAUAGUCAGGGUUUCGCGCCUCAUUACGACGAUGUGGAAGCUUUCAUUCUACAAAUCGAGGGUAAGAAAAGAUGGAAGCUGUACAAACCUCGCAGCGAGAACGAAUAUUUGCCGAGAUAUUCCUCGGAGAACUUCGAUCAAUCGGAAAUCGGCGAGCCGAUAUUGGACACGAUCGUCGAUGCUGGCGAUCUGUUGUAUCUACCACGUGGCACCAUUCAUCAAGCGAUGACAAUCGACAAUUCUCACAGCUUGCAUCUCACGUUAAGCGUGUACCAGAAAAACAGUUACCACGACUUUCUCAGCAAAUUGCUUCCGCACGCUUUAGAACGAGCGACCGAAGUCGACAUUAGUUUUCGCAAGGGAUUGCCCGUGAAUUAUUUAAAAUAUUGCGGCUUCGCGCAUCCCGACAGCGAACAGAAAAGAGUCUUUAAGGAGAGUAUUAAAAAUCUGAUCGUUCAGAUGAUAGAUCACAUCGACGUGGACAGAACCGCCGAUUUGAUGGCUAAAGAUCACAUUCACGACUUUUAUCCACCCGCUCUUACUGAUCACGAAAAGCAAUGUUCGGUGGUGCGCAACGGCGCGACCAUGAAGGCUAACGGAAUCGUCGAGAACAUCACAUCGAUAACACUCGACACAAAGAUGCGAUUAGUACGAUAUCAUUGUAUUAGUUUUGUGAAAGAAGACGAUGGGUCUAUGCGACUGUAUUAUUCUACUGAAAAUUCCAUGAAGUAUCACGAAUACGAGCAACAAUUUUUCGAAUUCGAUGAAAAGUUUGUUCAUCCCAUGACGCAAAUAAUAAAAGCCUAUCCUCAGUUUAUAUGCGUAAGCAGCUUGACCGGUUUAGAUGACGACAGUAAGAUUCAAUUCGUCAGUGACCUUUGGGAGAAGAAUAUAAUUGUAACCGACGUUCCUUUGGAUUCUGUUUCGAAGUAAAGAUCCAAAGCUUGUGUAGCAACUAUAUCGACAGACUUGGCAGCAAAUUGCUGUGAUUUAAGCGACAGUUGUAUGUCUGAUAGAUUUUGCCAUUAGGAAAAACAAAUCUCAGGGAAGAUUGAAUGAAAAUUAUGUCAGAUUUCAUGUAAAAAACAUUUCAAAUAACAA